GAGCCGGGUGUUCAGGGACUCAGCCGGGAGAGGGUGAGUGCUGAGAACACACAGUUGCAGCAGGACAAGAGGACUCCACCUACCCCGUCGCCUCACCCCCUGGCUCACCCAUUUGGCCUCACUCCCAGCUCCAUCAUGCAAAACUCCAGAAUACAGAGCCUUAGCAGUUUGCCGGGGCAGAUGCACCCUGUGGUUCCCUCAGGCGCCAUCCCAGAGGAAUACCUGAGAGCACUUCGGCCAUUCGCCACCUCAGAUGACCUCCGGUUGACCUCUUUACCUCUGACCCUCGACCCUGCUGCGGCCGCCCAUGCUGCAGCAGCUGCUGCUUACUAUCAUCCUGCCUACCUGCACCACCCUCUGUCUUUACCAAGGAUGGAGGAGUCACUGUGUCUCUCUGCGCUGCGGUCACAGUUCUACUCUGUGCCUGCAGGGGGCGCCUUCUCUCCUCUCCACCCCUCUGCCCUCCACCUGCACCUGCCUGGAGGCCGCUACCCUGCAGAACUAAACCACACAGCACUGGCGGAGAGGCUACAGAUGGAGAAUGAGCUCCGCCAGCGAGAGAGAGAGCAAGAGCGCGAACGAGUGAAAGAAAGGGAGCGCGAGGCAGGACUGGAACGAGAGCGGGAGAGGGAGCGGGAGAGGGAGCGGGAGAGGGAGCGGGAGAGGGAGGAGGAGAGGGAGAGAGAGCGGGAGAGAGAGCUGGACAGACAGAAGGAGAGGCAGAGGGAGAGACAGCAGCAGAUGGUCAGAGCGGCAGAGAGCCACUACCUGGCUGAGCUGCAGGCUCGGAGGGCACCACCGGAGGACAGGAGCAGGCCAGGGGAGAGGCUGACCCCAAACAGACUGGACAACCUCAAGGAUUCUGAGCAUCCAUCUUUCCCAGCACAGAAACCUCUGCCCCUGCAGACAGGCCUUCACUCCUCCAGGGGCUCAAUCCCACAUUCGGUGCCCAACCUGAUGCCUUCUCACUUGGGGAAGCAUCCUGCUGCUGCUGCUGGGGGGCUUCAUGGAGCUCUGGCAGCUGCCAUGACGAGUCACAGGGCCAAUGAGGAGGCCUGGUUAUCACGGCAACGAGUGCAAGGGCAGGAGAGGGGGGGUCCGCUGGAGCUGGGCCUCAGAUCACCAGGGAAAGGGUUGGAUUCAAGGAGAGACAUCCACAGAACCAGUUCUGUCCAUCACAAUCCAGGCAACAAAGAUGUACCCUCCUGCCUCGGUGCUCCACCUCCUCUUAUCUCCCCUAAAGGUCACCAUCAUCCUCCCGUCCCUUCAACUACACUGUGGAACCCAGCGUCCUUUGUGGACACCCACACAGACUCCCGCAGAAAACUCAAUCUCCCUACCCCACCGAGUCGACCACCUCCAGGACUGACGAGAGCCGACAGACCCCCGAUAAGCUGGGGGGACAAGCUGGAAGAUGGAGGCAGGAAGAGGGCAGAAGGCCCAGAGAGGUAUCUGUCACUGAGGGGAGCUAGUUUACAGGAGUCCUGGAACAGGGCUGAGCAGGAGAGAGCCAUCCAGGGUCUCUACCACCAGCACCACAUCAAUAACCUACACCAGAGAUCCUGCACACCACAGUCUGUUCCCAGCACCGACCCGGGGGGACGGUGCCAAGAAGCCUCUCUGUCUCCGGUGAGGGAGCGACAGAGUCAGGCGCCCGACAGCAUGAUGGUGUACGAUGAGGUUUUGCAGCAGCACCGCCGGCUGCUCAGCAAGCUCGACCUGGAGGAGAGUAGGAGGAGGGAGGCCAGAGAGGGAGGUUAUUACUACGACCAGGAUGAGUCAUACGAUGAGAGUGACGAGGAGGAGUUGAAAGCCCAUUUGAGGAGGGUGACAGAACAGCCCCCACUCAGACUGGACACAUCCUCCGAGAAAGUGGAGUUCCUGCGCGCGUGUGGUCUGACCACGCUGACCCAUCGCGAUGAGCUCCUGGUGAAGAAGAGGAGGAAACGGAGGAGGAUGAUGAGAGAGCGUAGUGUCUCUCCACCAGCCGGGCAGGGCAAGAGAAAGUCUGCUUCACCUUCAACACCUCCAACUCCCUUAACUACCCCGUUCUCUGCUGAGCAGAUGGACAGCACCCCCGAACUGGAGGAGAAAAAAGACUUCCUCCUUAUGUUUAACCUCUCCCAUGUCAGCCCGCAGCAGAGGAGAGAUAAGGAGAGGGCAGAGGAGCUUCUGACGGCCAUUCAGAGGAAAACUGUGACGUUAGACACCCUCAGAUAUAAUCCCUUACCUCCAUGUAGCAGUCCUCCUGCUCCCUCAACUGGUGACUCCUCCUCAGCCCCUGUGAAGUGUCAAUCAAACGGACAUGUGUACCCAGACUCUCCCAGCCCGUCCCCUCCUUACUUACAUAAACCCAGGAACCACCGUACCACCCAGCUCAAGCACUCCAUGGACUCCCAGGUGGCCCACGUUCCUCCACCUCUGGCCUCCCACCAUAAAAAGGUUGAAUUCACGGAGGCUCAGCCAAACAGGAAGCACCAGAGCCUCCAGAACGGCGUUGUUGCUUCUCCCCAGAAAAAGGAACCUGGUCCGGUGCACAAUGGGAGUAACCGGCCCUGGGAGAGAUUCACACCUGAGGCCUUUGCUCAGCACUUCCACCAGGCUGUGCUGCAGUCCACACACAACACACUGCAGAACAAAGGAGUCUCAAACUGUGUUCCUGAAGCUGGCAUGAAGGUUGAGCCCUCGCUGCCUCGCAACUGUCACCUGAAACACUCCAAUCUCAACCACGCCCCUCAGCACGCGCACAUCAACGGCCAUCACUCACACGCUUCUGUAGCCAAUCGGGACACCGUGGGGCCACGAGAAAACCUGUCUGAUGAGGAUGAGGAAGAGUCUGGGCAGGAGGAGGAGGAAGAUGAGGAGGAGGAGGAAGCGGCGGAGGAAGCUCCGAGGAAGUGGCAGGGUAUUGAAGCUAUUUUUGAGGCCUAUCAUGAGUAUGUGAAUGAAUGGAGUAUAGAGAGGGAGGUUCUUCACACACAGUGUAAAAGACUUGAAGCACAAAACUAUAAUCUGACCAGAACUGCGAAGCAACUCUCUCUCACCAUGGGGGAGCUGGUGAGUCAGAGGCAGAAAGUGAGAGAGGAGCGAGAGAAACUGCAGGCGCAGCUGGAGCACUUCAGGAGGUGUCUGACACUACCCAGCAUUCACUGGGGCAGGGGCCAAGUCAACGGGCACACGCCGAGGUGACCUCUGACACGGACGCUCCGACGGAUCCUUCUCUGACAGCGGAGGAACAGUCACGAGAACAGGAUGGACUGGAGCCAGACCACUGUGGGCGCUCAAAGGAGCCAAUCUAUGUCUUGUUACCUCCCUGGCCAAUCAGUUACAUUAUCUGACUGGCUCCAGAUUCAAUUGAUUACCUGCCGUGUUUGCCACGGUAACAGCAAUCCAUCGCGACCACAUAGUCUGGGCAGCCCCCCUCCCUCUCUGUGUCUCGUUGGACUGAAACAACACUGUGUAGGUCAAACAGCGUCUUCAUAACCACUCCCAUCAUUCCCUGAUUUGGCUUUAAGGACGUUCCGCCAUUAAACUCAUGUCAUAUCAACUUUCUGUAUAAACUGUAUUGAUCCACACUAACGGGAUGUAUCACUUGGCACAUAUCUGUAGCCUCUCUGGAGCAGAGGGUGGAGACUGUGCAGGGGUCACUUGGUUAAAACUCAGAGAGUUAAAGUUGAGGAAUCAAAGCACACCUCAGGCCUUAAACUUGACAGGAUGCACUUGAAAUGAAAUGAGAGGAAAUCCUUGAGCGUCCUCUGUGUGGUGUGAAGUUGUAGUGUCUACUGAGUACAGUACAGUGUCUGACAGAUGAGGCGGAUUAUGUGCUGGUUAUGGUUCCACAGAGGAUAGGAGACUUCUUAAAGAUAAUAUCUAUAUAAUGGAAAAUGGUAUCGGUGAAGUUUUUUUCUUAUGUUUUCUGUUGUUACCUUACUUGUGAUAGACAAAGAAUUUUGUAUGUUUUAUUGUAUUAACCAUUUCUUGUGAGAAGCCAUAUGUUGCGUUUGAACUGCUGCUGGUCAGAAUCAAAAUGUUUAGAAAGUGAAGGAUGUUAUUUGAAAAAAUUUUCACGUGAUGUCACAGUGUUUGAAGAUGGACAAACACGACAUGGGGGGGUGAAGAUGAAGCAGCAAAUGUCUGUCUUUACCUCAGAACAUCAUCAAGCUGUUGCCAUCGUUCAGAUGGUUCAACCCAGACUCUGUGUCAUGCGCUCUUCACAUGCCUAUAAAUGUUGACAAAACUUGAAGAAAAUAAAAGUUCUGAUUUGAUUUGAUUUAUUUGAAGGAAUUUUGUUGAAAAUGUCUCCAUGUUGUUAGAGAACUGGGUCAUCUGAGUGAGACUAAAGUACAUUUAGACUGUUCUGUUCAACCUUAUAAAUGUUUUCACCUGAAGAUUAUUUCCGACGUCAUGAUUUUGCAAAGUUAAAACCAGAAUGUCACUGAGUAGAGCGCACUCCUCCGCCAAGGUCCAACAGUCCCCUUAAAUUCAUGAAGCUGCACCAAAUUGCACACACUCAUAGAAAUCAGUCCUCUGAAUGUGCCUGAUUUAUUUUUAUCAAGAUUCAUGAAUUAUUCUCUGGGAAAGCAAUUAAAACGUAGAAAAAGCCCUCUUUUGAAAUAUUAAGGAAAGGGAUAAUAAAAAAAUCAAUAUCCGCCCCCUGAUCUGGAUCUUUAUCAAAAUUGAAUCAGUUCUUUAUUGACUAAUAAUAAUCUGUCCAGUCAUUUUGUGUAAAGUUGCUGACUUGGUGGACAAAAUUUAGAAAAUGGGAAAAGUCAAACUAUUACGACUCACAUGAUACUCAUAAGAGUACUUGAAAUUAUGUGAUUGUUUAUGGGUAACAUAAAAAUAACUACAAACUACGCCCUCGUUUGGUCUCUGGGUGAGGUUUAUUUUUGUUGAAACCAGGUUAAACAAUGUAACCCAUAAUUUCUGCCUCUUAGCUUCUGAAUAUUGGAAAUCAUGGGAGUCCUCUCCUUUGCCCCCAAACACCGAACCUCCAUCAUCUGUUCACUCUCGUCUACAAAUCUGCUGUGAUAUCCUGCAUAUUUGUUUAUCAAUCAGUUGUUCUGUUAUGUAUUAUUUGGGCUGUACAAUUGCAAUGGAUUAUUUAUUAACAUAUAUAUUGCUGUACAUUCUGAUGGAAAUUUACAUUAAAAU